GAAUACUUCUACUGGGUAGCAGUGCAUUCGUUCACAGCGGACACUCAAGUGUUGACGGAUGCCCUAACGACGACGAGGAGGAUAGAUUGGCACUCGCCCAAGUUGGCGAUUUGCUUCAACGGGUCUCCCGAGGAGUUGCGUCCCUUCAUCGACGAGUGUCGGGCUCGCUACGCGCUCGACGUCGUAUUCGACGACCACCUGCCCGAGAAGCAAUGGAAAACCCUCGACCAGCUCAGCUCCUGCAGUUACACGUGCCCACUGGACGUGCGGCUUGCCCCUCUCGGCACAGAGUCUGUAGGUUUGGUACAGGAGACCUGGGUGGCCAAAUACCCCGGCACAGAUGAGCACAUCGCACGCUUUGUAACUCAUAACCCGAGUCUUGGCGUCUAUGAUAUUGCAACAGGGGAGCUCCGUGCCUGGAUACUCUGCAAUGAGUGCUCUGAGGUAGCACUCCUUUAUGUGACAGAUGACCACCGGCGCAAGGGUUAUGCUCAACUCCUUGUCAAUGCACUCAGCGACCAACUCCUUCGAGCAGGAAUUAUCGCUCAAGCCAGGAUACGAGUAGUCAACAAACCCUCCCUCAAACUCUUCAAGACCCUUGGUUUCAACUCGAGCACCGAUACCUGGUUUGUUGUUGUUGGCAAAAAAUACAAUGAGGCUGCCGGCCAAUAAUGAUUAUCAUUAGCAGCAUCGAAGGCUAAUAAAAUGCAAAACUAUAUAUCUCCA